AUGGGAAUUCCUCAAUACUAUGACGGGGUCCCAGACGAGGCCCCCAAGCCAACAACACAAUCCACAGGCGACGUGGUUGCACGCUUCGGUCGUCUGCAUCUCUUGGACGACUUGAUUCGCCUGCGAGCAGCAGAUGCUGUUCAACAUCCUAUCCUUGCCUAUCCUAAGCCGACACAAGAUGGCUCCGUUUCAUAUGAAUACUUCACUGGCCACGAUCUAGAUUGCAUGGUGGACCAUGCGGUAUACACCCUGAUGGACUUUGGCUUCCAGCCGCCCCGGAAAGAUAGAGCAACGGUUGCUCUCUUCACGCUCUCAGACCUCAACAUGGUGAUCACAUUCUUCGCUCUCAGCAGACUUGGUUACACAGUCAUGAUGCUGUCGCCACGUCUAUCCGCCACAGCUUGCGUGUCGCUCUUAGACACGGUCGGAUGCGACACGAUCUUGUACGGUCAAUCGCCCAACAUUCGUGCCACAAUGGGUGAGAUCCUGCGUCUCAAACUGAUCGCCUGUCGGCCGAUAAUCGAAAGACCCUCUGUAGAAGAGGUGUCUCAAGACGCAGAUGUCUUUAUGAUUCGCCGGAACCGUCGUCCCGAGCUCCUGGUUGACCGGGUUGCCCUAAUCCUCCAUUCUUCGGGGUCAACAGGUAUUCCAAAGCCUCUCUAUUUGAGCCACAAAGCCUUGAUGACCCAUCCAAUGCGGGGUCCUGGGUUCACUUCGUUCAACUCAUUGCCCUGGUACCAUCUACACGGGCUCUCCACAGCUUUGCAAGCCAUGUAUAUGCGGCGAACGGCAUACAUGUGGGACGCCUCUCUACCAUUGACUGCGAGCACGGCGGUCGCUGUCCUGGAGGCAGCCCGGCCAGAAUCCGUCCAAGGCGUACCCUACCUCCUUCAGCUUCUUGUCGACAACCCACGCGGUCUGAAAGCGCUAAGAGCUUGCAAGUCCGUCACAUACGGUGGUGCCCCAUGCCCUGAUGAGCUGGGCGAUAAGCUCGUGGAGGAGGGUGUGAGAUUCGGGGGCUCAUUUGGCCUAACGGAAGCCGGCCUGGUAGCAGAGUCAAUCUCGAGACCCGCAGGAGAUCCUUUCUGGAACUAUAUGCGCUUUUUCGACAAUAUCAAGCCGUUCAUCUGGAUGAAGCCCAUCAGCGAUGCACUUUAUGAGGUCGUUUACCUAAAAGGCCAUCCAGCAUUGACAGUAUCCAACUCGAACGAUCCCCCUGGUUCCUUCCAUUCUCGCGAUGUCUUUACUCCCCACCCAACUAUCGCCGACCGCUGGAAGUACGUUUCCCGCCUGGAUGAUCGGAUCACGCUAGUCAAUGGUGAGAAGGUGCUUCCUCUUCCUAUCGAGGGCUGCAUCAAGCAAAACCCUCUUAUCCAGGAGGCGGUUGUCGUUGGCGUCGAGAAGGCCGUUCCGGGGUUGUUGGUCUUCCGGACAGAAAACUCCCAGAUGUUCUCUGACGAGGACUUUCUGGACCUCAUUUGGCCAACAGUGGAAGAUGCCAACUCGCGGGCAGAACAGUUCUCCCAGAUCGCCCGCGAUAUGAUCCUUGUCUUACCUGCCAAUAGUGUCUGCCCUCGGACAGAUAAAGGCUCGAUGAUCAGAGCCCAGGUGUACAAGAAAUAUGCCGAUGUCAUUGAAGACAUGUAUGCGAAGGCUGAACAGACUGUAGAUGGUACUCUUAAACUGGACCUUCCCGCAACAGAAAAGCACUUGAUCAAGCUCUGCCAUGAGGAGCUUGGAUUCCCAAUCUCUGGCCUCGGCUCUGACUUUUUCGCGGAGGGGUUGGACAGUCUGAAGGCCAUUCAAUUCCGUCGUCUGAUACUGAAGGACUUCAAAGUGCAAGACUCCAAGAGCAUCAGCCCGAACAUUGUCUUUGAGACCGGAAACAUUACCCGUUUGGCAAAACAUAUCCACGCAAUCCAAUCUGGCCAGGAGGAAGAGACCCGAGAUGAGGUCUCCAUGAUGCCAGGACUCAUCGAGAAGUACUCUGUUUUCCAGAGGCACACACCAAGCCCCAGUUUGGUUGCCAACAAGAGCGUCGUCCUCACUGGCGCAACCGGAUCCAUCGGCGCGCACACGCUAUACAAGUUGCUGAAUGAUGAUUCCGUCUCAGUCGUCUACUGCCUGACGCGGAGAUCUCAACCCGAAGAGGCGAUUAUUAACACCCUCACACAGAAAGGCCUCUCGGUUCUUUCCUGCCGCCUGCAGAAGAUUGUUGCACUCACAAGCUCACUUGAGGAGCCCGACCUCGGAGUAGGCGAGAACAUGAUGGCACAGAUGCGACAGUCCGUAUCUCUAAUCAUUCACACCGCAUGGCCCGUCAACUUCAACCUGCCACUCAUGAGCUUCGAGUCUCACAUCAAAGGCCUGCACAACCUCAUCAACUUCUCCCUAUCCGUGAAUCUUCCCGACCCAGCCGUCCUCCUAUUUUGCUCUUCAAUCUCCACAGCCCUUGGCUCCACCACCUCCGUCGACGAAACCCCGAUCACGGACCUCAGCAGCGCUCUGGAGAUGGGCUACGGGCGCUCAAAACUAAUUGGCGAGAAAAUCAUCAGCAACGCCCGCAAAUCAGGAGCCCGGACAUACUCACUUCGCAUCGGCCAAGUCUCGGGCCACUCAAAGAAAGGCCUGUGGAACGACUCGGAAGCCAUUCCCCUCAUGAUCCGCUCAGCCUUGACCCUCAAAGCCCUCCCCGCUCUUGACAUCACCUGCUCGUGGCUCCCCGUCGACAAGCUCGCCUGUUCCAUCCUCGAACUAGCAAAGGCCUGCUCUCUAAAUUCCCUCGAGUCACACGGGGAUGACGCAGAACCUGGCGAGUGGGUCGACGACACCAUUUACAACCUCUGCAACUCCCGCACCUUCACUUGGUCCUCACUCCUCGAUACCCUCCGCCGCAGCGGAUUCUCAUUCAAGACCGUUUCAAUCGAGAAGUGGUUGCAAAUGCUCCGAGAGAGCGAAUCCCGAGGUGAAGAAGCGACCAACCCCGCCGUGAAACUCACCUCUCACUACGAGGCCAUGUACAGCGGAGGCGCCCCUCAACCAGCCAAAUUCCUCACCGAAAAAGCAGAACGAGACAGUAUGACCUUGAGGAACGGUCGGUUGAGAAUUAUUCAGGAUGGAAUUUUAGCUCGGUACGCGCAAGAUUGGUUGAAAAGAUGGAAGACUGCUUAG